UCCCCUGCGCUCAUCGACAAGUCAUUCUCCUCCCUUGUUAACAUCCCCCAAAUUUCACGAGCUGUCCUCUCCUCUCCUCUCCCCCGAAAAUCAAAGCCCCCAAUCAAACCCAGAUCGCGGCUCGUGCAAGUUUCCGCGGCCGGCGAUGGCGGGCUCGGAGGCGGUCGAGAGGGCGCACGAGCUCUACAGGGGCGGCCGCCACCGGGAGGCGCUGGAGCUCUACACGGCGGCGCUGGCGGCGGCGCGGGGCCACCCCGCGCAGCGCAUCGCGCUGCACAGCAACCGCGCCGCCUGCUACCUCAAGCUCCACGACUUCCACAAGGCUGCGGAGGAGUGCACAUCUGUCCUUGAGUUGGAUACUGAGCAUGCUGGAGCUCUUAUGCUACGUGCCCAGACUCUUGUCACUCUAAAAGAUUACCAGUCGGCUCUAUUUGAUGUGAACAGGCUGAUCGAGAUAAAUCCGUCGUCUGAAGUAUAUCGGAACCUUCAUGCACGACUGAAGACACAAUUGGCACUAGCCCCGAUUCCAGAGUCUGAAGAGGAGUCCCUAUAUGGUGAAGACGACAAAGAAGAUCUGCCUCAAAAAGAAAAUAAGAACGAGGCUUUGGUCACUAAGUGUGAUCAACCUUCUACUAAACUGAUUAUCGAAAAGAAACCUCCAACUGAAUCUCCAAAGGUUGAUGUGCCUCCUAGUCUCCCUGCAAAACCCCAGGGUUGGGAGACCAUAGAAAAACCAAAGGGCCAUUUGGGACUUGAUUACUCAAAAUGGGACAAAGUUGAGGAUGAUUCGAGUGAAGAUGACGAGGAUGACGAUGAAGAUGACUUGCCUCAGUAUAAAUUCAAAGUCAGAACCAUCGGUGUGCGUCCUGUGAAGUGAGUGAGAUUAAAAAUAAGUUUAACCCAUGCUCUGUCGAUAGCCGCUUGACAGCAUCCCUACUAACUGAGGUCCCACUUGUUCAUUGCCAUCUCGAAAUGCUUUGGUGAACAAGUGUAAGCCUGCUGGUGUGUGUUUAACUGGAACUCAGGGGAGGGUGGAUGACAGAAUCACCAACAGCCCUCAUCUUGUGAACUGAAGCUCAGGUUUCAGGUUUUGGAACCUUAGCUGAGAAAUCCUCUCGUCCGUGGAGCACAUAAUCUUUCAAGGCAAUGGGCGGGUGGAGCACAGCACGUUAAUGCUGCACAAACCCCCUUUAGAUGCAAGCUAACAAUCUUAGUGCAAUGUUCAUCUUCGUAGAAUCCUACUAUCCUAGCCUCGUCAUUUUUGCGCGUACAUUGCGCAUUGUAUAUAAAACCUUUAUUUGUGUAGCCUUGAGACAUCGUUCUAUUGCUUCAGUCAGUAAUAUUGGUGCUCAUCCUUGCUGAUUUAGCAUGCACCUGUUCAUUUCUAA